AGCAGGGCUGGGUCUUGGGGCCGUCCUGGCCGCGCCCAGCCCCCUCCCGCCAUGCUGCCCUCGGGGCCCCGCGGGUCCGCGCCGCUCGUUGCCGCCGUCCUGCUGGUGCUUGGGGCUCCUCUGGCGCUGGCGAGUGAAGACUGCUUGUGGUAUCUGGACCGGAAUGGCUCCUGGCAUCCAGGAUUUGACUGCGAGUUCAUCACCUUCUGCUGCGGGACCUGCUACCAUCGGUACUGCUGCAGGGACCUGACCUUACUCAUCACCGAGAGACAGCAGAAACACUGCCUAGCCUUCAGUCCCAAGACCAUAGCAGGCAUCGCUUCUGCUGUAAUCCUCUUUGUUGCUGUGGUUGCCACCACCAUCUGCUGUUUCCUCUGUUCCUGCUGCUACCUAUACCGAAGGCGCCAGCAACUCCAGAGCCCAUUUGAAGGCCAGGAAAUUCCUAUGACAGGCAUCCCAAUGCAGCCCAUAUACCAAUACCCCCCGGACCCCAAAGCUGGCCCUGUACCUCCACAGCCUGGUUUCAUGUAUCCACCUAGUGGCCCUGCUCCUCAGUACCCUCUCUACCCAGCUGGGCCCCCAAUUUACAACCCUACAGCUCCACCCCCCUAUAUGCCACCACAGCCCUCUUACCCAGGAGCCUGAAGAAACAGCUGUGGUUCUGCUAUCCCUUCCAUGAUGCUGUUUUUGGGACAUUCCCCAUCCUGUAUCUGCAUCCAGCCCUGGGGGUGGGCAUGGGUCUUCUAGUGACCAGGUCCCAGAUCAAGCCAAGCCUUGGGCCCUGCUAGGAACAGAGCCCCCAAGAAGUGGAACGUGAGCUGAGUUGGAACCAGGCCAUGGAUGAGGGGUGGGUCGGGAGGGCUCGGGAUUCAUGAGCUAUUUUUAAUGGGAGACAGGGAGUAAGAUGAGAACCUGGGUCACAGUCUGUGUUUUCAAGUAGUCCCUCUGCUCCCAGGAUCCCGGUCAGAAAGGUGGGGCCGCUCCUCUUUGCCCACUUUGGGCUGAAGUGGAGACAGUGGCAGGCUCUGUCAGCACCUGGCCACAGCCCUUUCCUCUGGAUGCCCCACCGGCCAGAGCUCAGGCCUCCUGGAUUAAAGCUGUAAUGCUAUAACUCA